CUCCUCCCCGCACGAGCACAUCCAGCGCCACGACCGCCGUCGCCCCUACGGGCUACGGCCCUACCGCCCUCGUCGUUCCUGGUGGCCGUCCGGUCCGGUUUGGAUUCGGCAGCGACUUGAUCUCAGCGUUUUCGGGAAGGUUCCGCGUAGCGGAAAAUAAAAUCCCCACCGCUCGCCGUUCUCGCCUCGCCCACCCCGCACUCCUAAGCCCUAGGCCGCCGCCGCCGCCGCCGCCGCCGCCGCCUAUCGUGCCGACGGGCCACCCUCCACCUUCCUCUACGUCUCUCCCUAGGUCGCCGCCCUAUUCCCUUCCCGGACGCAGCCCGAUAAAAUCUCUGCUCGACCCUAGGCGGCGGCCAGCGAGGCGACGGCGCCGCCCCUCCUUCCACGCGACUCUGCGCCCUCGCCAGCCUCGGUCCUAGUUAGAAACCAGGAUACAACCGACGUGGGCGUAUCCAACUCGACGUGCUUCCGUGCUCAUUGGCGGCGAAACCCCGGAGGGGGGGGGGGGGGGGAGCAAAUCGCCGGCGGCGAUGGCGGCGGCUGGGGAGGAGGCGGAGUGCUCCGCCGCCGCCGAAGAGCGGCCGCGCGAGCCCUUCGCCCGCGGCGGCCCGGUGUUCAUCCCCUACAUGGUGGGCCCUGUCUGCACCGUCCCCGAGUUCAUCUCCUCCACGCUCCGCGAGGUUCAGUCCCUGCGUGACGAAUUGGGCGACCCCGGGGACGAGUUCGAUGACGAGCUAUGCGUUGAUGACCUGAGGGUGCUCUCUGAGGAGGAGCUUGUGGAGCGCGCUCUCCGGGAGGCUAUGGAGGAGGGCUGGGACUGUGGCGCUCCAUCACAAUCAGCAGAUCAGAGUUCUGGCGCUCCAUCACAGCCAUUGGAUCAAAGGUUAGAUGGGGGGCAAGUUGGAUUAAAUUCAACAUGAGCAGAGGAUGCUUGGAAAAUGUUGGCAUGGUGGUUACUAGUUAGCUUCCAUGCCAAUCAAAAAAAUUUAGCAAGAAUGUCAGCGAGUUCCACCCCUGGAAAUGAGACUGUCCCCUCAAGCGCAUCAGCUGAAACACAAAGUUCAGUAUCAGCUCCCGGUGAUAUGGCAAUUGGACUGCAUGAACCACAAGGCAGCAAUGGGAAAACAAGAGGUGGAAAGAGGAAAACCAGAGAGAGGAAUGGAAACAAUGGUGCCCUCACCUCAGAUUCAACAGCUGAAAGAGAGACAUCUGGAUCACCCGUUGAGUUGGCGAUUGUACCACAUGAAUCAGAAGGGAGCAAGGGGAAACCCAGAGGCAGAAAGGGUAAAGAUGUAACCUCUUCAACUCCAUCAAUUGAAAGUGAAACACCUGUAUUGCCUAGUGAGGAUAUGUCAGUUGUUCCUCAUGAUCCAGAAGGUACAGAUGGUCAAACAGAACGUAAAAAGUGUAAAAAGAGAGGCAGGCAUUUUGAUCGGGAAGUUCGAGCGCAUAUUUUACAGGGGAGUUAUCUUAGUAAAGCAGAGAAGAUGUCAGAGAUCAUGGUAAAGCAAGAAGAUGACAAACGUGCAGCAAGGCUGCACUCAUUCAGUGGUGAUUCUGUGAUGUCCAAAGGCUCUAAGGCAUCGGCGGAGAAAAUUGACUUGGCAAAAUCUCUUAAAUACAACAGUGCCCACAGUGCCCCCUGGAAGAACAAAGCUUCGAAAUCUGACGAACACAUGCCUAUAGUUUAUCCAGAAGCAAUUCUUUGUGUCGAAAUUUAUGAGUGCAGGCAUGGCUCUGUGAAAAAUCAGGAAUUUCUUGUGUUGGGGAGCCAGCUCCUCACAGAUCUGAAGGACAAUAUUUACUGUUCGACUAAUAAGUUGAUGGAGUUGAACAAGCUACACAAUCAUUCUGGCUAUUUUCUUAUUGAGGACACGUUCUACAAUGACACUAGACAUUAUUCUGCCGUUGAUUACAGUAAGCCUAUACUUGACUGGCUUGACAAUUCCAGUGAUGAGGUGGCGGAGAAGUGGGACGCCAUUAGUUCUGGCGUGUUGAAGAAACGACAAAAGGACUUAUUGAAGGGCUUGCAUAUUUCAAAUGUGCCCGAGUUUAAAUCUGCAAACAUGCAAAGUACCUACUUUUCAGACCUGCACUUCCGGCUUGGUGCCGGGUACCUCUACUGCCACCAGGGGAACUGCAAGCACACGUUUGUGAUUAGAGACAUGAGGCUGAUCCACCCGGAGGACACGCAGAACCAAGCGGAGUACCCUCUCAUGACGUUCCAAAUGCAGAGGCGUUUCCAGAAGUGUUCAGUGUGCCAGAUCUACCUCGCCACGAAGAUGACGGUGGACGAUAAAUGGGCUCCCAAUAAUCCCUGCUAUUUCUGCAAGCAGUGCUACUACCUCCUCCACUACAAGGAGGACGACUCGCUGUUAUACCAUCAUACCGUGUAUGAUUACUUCCAAGAGUAGAAGGUUUCUUUUCUUCUCCAUACCAAAAGCCAUGAAGGCCUGGCUUUUACCGCUGGUUCUCUCUUUGUGUACAGUAUAUUCAAUUUUGAAGGUUUUAUAGGGAAUUUAUUUUUGAAA